UUUUCUAUCUUGAUUUUCUCGCUUUCUUGCUCUCGUAAACGAUGUCGUCUGAUUUCAUUUGUAUUAAUAGUAGUAUUAGCAUGGACAAGUUUCUCAUCUACUUUCGGUGUUGAUUCCAAUGAAACCCUAGAUGGGGGACCAUACUAAGGAUUAACUACCCUUGUGUACAAAAUCUAUAAUUGCACCAGAAACUUCUUUCACAUUUUGAAUCUGCUUUCAUAAUCAAGUGACGAAUGCUACCAUCAUCAUUGAAUAAACAAAAUUAAAUCUGCUUUAUAUCAGCAUCAGCCUAAAUUGUUCAUUAUUAUCCUUUCAGGCGCUGAUGGAAACUUAAUCAUUCAACAUUUAUUUGUUUCUGAGAAACAGUGACUGAAAACGAUAUCGUGGUGUUAAUAAAUUGUAUACUCACAAGAUAACCGCAUUGUGUAACCCAUAUCAGAUAUUUGUGUCUCUGACUGAAUUUUAUACAAGUCUUUUUCGAGCAGUUAUAUAUCUUUUCUCUCUUAGUCAACCAUAGUUAAAAUCACGUUUUCACUUUUAUAUGGAGUUGAUGAUUAUUGAUUCUUUGUGCUUCCUACUGUGUAUUUUGUUUAUAUAUUGUCUUAAUUUGCUUCUGCUUGCUUUGGGUUAUUGAACUGGAAAGAAGUUCAAUUAGAAAGAAGACAGGUUUUUGCAAUUGGUGAGUUACAGCUAUGGAGUACAACAUCAAGUUUGUGAACAAGCUUAGUUGCAUCAUGGGCUGAUGAGCCUCGCCGUAAGCUGGGUAUUUGCCCUUUUGGUGAAAUUAUGUACUUGUCCGACUAGGAAUAUCUUGUGGGGUUAUGCAGAUCUGUUUCCCGGUUUCUUGUGCAUGCUGAAAUUUUAGUGGAGCCGGGUUGUUGUUUCUUUUUACAAUAUGGAGUGGAAUGUAAAAUGGGACUGGGGAGACCUGAUGAUGUUUAGUUCGGAGAUCUGUGGAAGUCCGAAAGAACUGCAAUUAACAGAUUGGGGAGUUGAUGAAGAGGGAGAAGUUGAUCGCAGAUCCUUCAAUCUUUCAGGGUUUGGCGGUAGUGUUGGUGGUUAUGGCUCUGACAUGGGGCGUAGUUCUUCAAUUAAGAGCUCAAUAUCAGCUUCUACUGACUCUUCACCAAACGAGACGCUGAAAGCAUCCAGCUUCACUUUUGAAGCUUCUAAUGGCUCUCAAGGGAAUCUUGGUAAGGAUGUGGAACAGUGCAGAGAUGAGCUAUAUAGAUGUUCGCCACCCAUGGAGGCUUUGAUAGGCUAUGAUGGACCAUUGACUGGUCUGGAACUUGGUAAGCGAACAGUUGAAAGCAACAGUGGUGGAAUCAGUGUUAAGCUCCCGUCCUCGUCCACAAUCCCUGUAUCAUCUGUUAGUGCAGCAAAGAAAAAAAAAUCAUCUAGUCAGAAUGCACUAAUUCCGCGCUGUCUGGUUGAGGGCUGCAAUCUUGAUCUGUCUUCAGCUAAAAAAUAUCACCGAAAGCAUCAUGUUUGUCACAGUCAUUCCAAAUGCCCAAAAGUCAUCAUAGGAGGUGCCGAGCGGCGCUUUUGUCAGCAGUGUAGCAGGUUCCAUAGCUUGUCUGAUUUUGAUGAAAAGAAGCGAAGCUGUCGGAGGAGGCUUUCUGAUCACAAUGCACGCCGCCGCAAGCCACAGCAGGAAACUAUCCAAUUUAACUCGACUAGGCUUUCUUCAUGGUUUUAUGAUAAUAGCAAAUCGAUGAAUUUUGUAUUCAACAAUGGCCUCCUUCUCCAAUCUAAAACUACUGCAGAUUCUACCUGGGGAACCUCUGAAGUUCCCAAGUUCACAAUAACAAGAGAGUUAACUUCAAAGCCUUACAAAGCUGGCAGUAUUAAUGUGCAGUCACUUGUGGGGGGAAUCAAGCUUCCAGGGGCUACUAAUAUACAGACCAAUGCAUCCAAGGGCACCACCACCGAUGUCUUCAGCCAAGGUGUGAAGGAGGACAUGUUCUCUCCCAAUAUGGGCGCGGCACCAGAAUUACCUCGUGCUCUCUCUCUUCUGUCAAAUAAAUCUUCAUCCGAGCCUGAAUCUACUUCAAUUGGCCACCCUACACAUGUAAACCAGAUCAGCAUAACAGAGCAGGCUAUUCCUGAGAAUUCACCACUUGGGUCCACUGAACACUGGCAGGCUGAGCAAUAUCUACUCAAUCCAGGCAUCCAUGCUUUGGUUGCUAAUGGUCAUAGUGGUGGUAGCUUUCAGCUUUCCAAAGAUCCAUUUGUCAACUUCUAUUUCAAUGGAUUGAACUGACACAGGGGAUACUAUUCAACGAACCCCUCAACGUCAGGAUUGGAUUUCAGUUUUUGCUGGCUUUGCAUCUCCGUUUCAGCAGUUGUUAAACUGGGACCUAACCAGAUGGUUCAUAAGUAGGGUAUUGGAAGCACUCUGUCAUUCUAAAGUGGCAGAACAUAUGUACAUGGAGUUCCUCCGGACAUUGAACAUCCCAAUCUUGGGAAAAAAACUUUUGAUUGAAAAUGUGCAGUAAAAUCUUUGACAAGAAAAAACUUAAAUCAACAACAGGAGUUUCGAAGAGUUGGAAUGUUUUCUUGUUUCUGCACUUUGACAUGAUGUUACCACACAGAUUUGAUGUCUGGUAUCUAAAAAUGCCAGACAGUCAGAUUUAUCUAAAAUCGUUCUGAAUUGUGGAUGUAGGAUUCGGUUGAAUCUGGUUUUACCUUCUUUUUGUGUAGAUGUAUUGGCAUUAAGUAAUCAGUAGUCUUCAUUUCUCUA